ACGUUUCGGCUAAAAGAAAACGAAAUAAAUUUUUAAAUGAUUUAAUCAAAAUUUUUCAUUGAAAAUGGGAUAUUACAAUUUUCCAGAAAUACAAUACUUUUUAUUUUGUUAUAAUCUGAGAACUGGCAAUAAAAUAAUUGGAAUAUAUUGUGUUAUUAUAUACUUGUUACACUGCAGCUUACUCCUCUGGAACCCCUGUUACACAAACAUUUUGAUCAGCACAUGUCCAGUUAAGAAUGUUGCGUGGUCUCUAGUGUGCAUUAUAAAUCUUUUAUACAUGACCAUCGUUCUUACCGCCGUGUUAUUCCUUUUGGGCAUUUACAUAGAACACCGUGGAUUUUUAACAACAUUCAUGAUCGCGUUUUUAGUUGGCGGUUUCAUUGCACCGAUCAUAGUGAACACCUUUCUUUUGUUUCUGAUGAUUUUCUACACGAAAACUUCUUGCUUUUACGGGGCCAACUUUGCCGUGUGUAUAUUUGCCACAUUUGUUUUUGGAUACAUCACAGCAUAUUUUCUCAGACUCGUUAAAACUUAUCGGGAUGACAUGAAUCUGGAUAUGCCAAAAUAUUUCAAAUCUAUGCAAACUCAUGGAAAGACAAGUGUAUAGAGUUACCUCUGAGGGUUACCAUGGAAACGUUCAAGAUGUCAGCUUGCUUCUCGCCCAAUCAGAGCAAUUGACCAAUCAAGAAGCGUCUGGGAGAAAUCAUAGCGUUAUGAUUGGACGACUUUUAUGACCGUCACACACGAAGCUGUAAUUAAUAGUACUUAAUAUACCGUGCUAUAAUAUAGCUAAUUAUAACUAGCUACCAUACAUGGAGAGGAAUCUGUACUAAAUAUUUUAGGGAUAGGCUUUAAAUACAGGAAAUCGUUUUUCAACCUAGUCGAUGGUCGUAUCGGUAAGGUGCCCGGUUAAAAUUCAUGAUGCGCAGAAAGUCAAACGUUCGAAUCCCACCUCGGCCAUGUACCAAUGACUAUUUCGAAGUUAUGUAAGAAUACUUAGUAUUUGAGAAUACUAACCGAUGGUCUUACGGUGAGGAAAAACAUUGUGAGGAAACCUGCACAUUCAGGCAACUGGAUUUGUAACCAUACGAUCGAAUACGUGUUAGGUUCCCUGCAAAGGUUGCGGAGGUCAGACGGGAGUCGCUUCGUGUAAAAACCUGACUCACCCAAUCCAUAAAUCCAUGGUGAAAUGCUUAACCAGGGUUCCUCUUCAGAGUUCUCUUCGUUCCUCUUCUUUGAGGAUGCUUACUUUAGCCAGGAAGAAGAUUUAUUCUAAACUAGCUGUCGCCCGCGACUUCGUCCGCGUAAAUUUCGUAUUGAAUCUACAAUUGAUGAAGGUUUUAAUUAAAUCGGUUUAGUAUUUUUAGAGAUAAGCGUGAUCAUACAGUCAGAUACAGAAAGACAGACAAAAUAAUUAAAAAAUAAUUAUUGCUUUCUCUUAUUCAUUCUAAGUGUCCCUCUAUCCAUUUCAGUCAAAAAUACUUUAUAAUUAUAAUGAUAUAUUCGUAACUGUCUGUCUGGUAUGUGAUAUUUCAAGAAAAUUAAUUCAGUAGAUAACCUUUGAAGAGGUAACAAACUCACUUUCGCAUUUGCAAUAUUUGUUGGGAUAUCAGAAAAGCCUUCAUUUUGUGGAAUUAAUUUCACUUCAUACAUUGGAUUGGAUAUUAAGUAUAUAAAAUAUCAAUAAGAUCAAUAUCUUUGUUUGUUUGUUAUA